AUGUGUUCUGUUAGACACCUAGUGCAUAGCAGGUGGUUAAUUCGACUUAAUAAAUCACGAAGGGUGAACACAUCAUUUUCCUGGCAUGGCAUUCAGUCAAGACUGUUCAGUACUAACAAAACCUGCAUGACUAUUAUGCCUGCCUGGGUUAUUGAUAAAUAUGGCAGCAAUGACGUGUUACGGUUCACAAAAAAUGCCAGUUUCCCCAUCAUCAACUACCCAAAUGAGGUUAUUAUCAAAGUGUGCGCAGCAGGACUAAACCCAAUUGAUGUCAGCAUGAGAGGGGGCUAUGGUGCUGCAACGAUGUCUAUGAAGAGAGACCCUCUGAAUAUCAAGCAGGCGGGCAGUGAGUUCCCUCUCAUCCUGGGUAGGGACGUGUCUGGGGUCAUCAUGGAGUGUGGCCUUGAUGUGAAGUACUUCAGAGAAAGGGAUGAGGUUUGGGCAGCUAUCCCACCAUGGAAGCAGGGCAGCUUGGCUGAGUUUGUGGUACUAAGUGCCAAUGAGGUGUCCCACAAACCAAAGUCACUGAGCCACACAGAGGCAGCAGCCAUUCCCUAUGUGGCUACCACUGCCUGGUCGGCACUGGUCAACACCGGUGGGCUCAGUAAGGACAACUGUGCUAAGAAGCGGAUUCUGAUUCUCGGAGGAUCUGGGGGAGUGGGAACAUUUGCCAUUCAGAUGCUGAAGGCUUGGGGAGCCCAUGUGACUGUUACCUGCUCCCAGAAUGCUGAGCAGUUUGUAAAGGAACUGGGUGCAGACCAUGUGGUGGACUACACUGCUGGGCCUGUUGAGGAGCCGCUCAGCGCACUGGAGAAAUUUGACUUGAUCCUGGAUAACAUUGGGGGGGACACAGAGCGUUGGGCCCUGAGUCUGCUUAAGCCUUGGAGCGGUGCCAAGUAUGUCACCCUUAUAACAUCGUUCCUUCAGAACACUGACAGACUGGGCAUUGCUGAUGGGAUGAUGCAGACGGCUGCAACUAUCGCCACCAAAGCCCUCAAGCACCUUGUCAAAGGUGUUCACUACCGCUGGGGAUUCUUUGCACCGAGUGGUCCUGCUUUGGAUGAAGUAAGGGAGAUGGUGGAUGCAGGACAGAUCCGGGCCGUGGUGGAGGAGACCUUCAGCUUCUCCCAGGUUCCCCAGGCCCUGAAUAAGGUGGAGAUGGGUCAUGCUCGAGGAAAGACUGUGGUCCAGAUCAGCGGAGCGGGACAUGACUAGAAGCUCUGAUACCAGGAAACAUUUUUCUGCACAAUUAUUAACCAAACUGAAUGACAAUAAUUUGAACCUAGACGGUUAGCUUCUUAGACCCACAACUGCAAAAAAGGAACAUCAAGGUUAAUACUGUACUGGUAUCUUUUCUCAUGUGAGAGUUUUGUAGCUUUACUGUGUGUUCAGUUGCUGAAAAUGUCUGUGAGUACUACAGAUGCUGCACUGUCAAUAUAUGCAAAGAGUAAUGAGAAAUGUUCACUUAAGUAAAAUACAAAUCUCUCUCUCUCUCUUUUUUUUUUUUUUUUAAUAUAUUUUUUACAAAUAUAGUAUUACAGCCCUGGAAUAAAUCCUGCCUUCAUGAAGGUUAUAAUGAUUUAACCACUUAUGUGUUUUACAUUACAGGGGCAAUUGUGGUAGACAAAAUAACUUAAACAUCUAUCAUAUAAAAUGUAUGUGUAUGAGAGUGUAAUCUUUAAGAUGCCUUUAUUACAUGCAGUGACUGUGACUGCUGCUUCUGCUUGAUGUCAUGUUUCUGACAUUUGAGAACGAGCUUGACUGGUUACAGUUUGUCCUCAAUAAUGUAAACAUUUGUAUAGAUUUUAUCAGUUAUCUUAAUAAAAUGAUGCUUAAUAUAGUGAGGCUUGACAUAAUGAACACCUGCCAAAAUGGUGCAUCCCCGUUCAAAAACCCUGGCAGUAAACACUGUCUCUGAAGUUUAUUGAUGUUCAGGUUUGCUUGACAGAUGUUACCAAACUCUAUUGUCGGUUCUCAGGCAGGUCAUAUAACUUUAUCCCUCGUGUUUUGAAUCCUUGUAGAAAAACAUAAAAGUACACACCAUUUUGCCAAGUUCCAUUUCAUAGCCCAUUAACCAGCAGUGUUGUUGAAAAUACCUACAUUUCAUACUUGAGUAAAAGUUAGAUAUACUGUUAGGUGAAAGUCAUCCAUAAGAAUAAUACUUGAGAAAAGUACCUGAUAUUAUAUAUUUAAGUAUUAGUAAUGUUCUGGCAAUAAUGUACUCAAGUAUCAAAAGUAAAUUACUUUAAGCAUACAUUUACA